AUCAAGAAGGCAGGUGCCUUGACUACAGAAAAUGUAAACCUCUGCAAGAAAUAUGGCAGAUACAGUACCGUACAGCCACCGAUUUUUAUAGACGAUCAGUGUGCAGAUACCAGGGCAAUGUUACGAUCGUUUGCUGUCCGAACGAUCCAAACAAAGAGAAGAGAGAAAUUUUAAUAAAAACUGUGUAUAAGUAUAAGGCUUUGCGACCACCAUACUGUGGUUUUAGCAACGUCUCUCAUACCAGGGUGGUCGAUGGUAAACCAGCUGAACUUGAGUAUUUGUACGUAUGUACUUAUCAUCUGCUGUAUGAUCGAAUAUCGAAUAGGCGAUUGGCCAUGGAUCGCUGCAUUAGGUUUUCGUAAUCCCCGAAACCCAGACAAACCACUAUGGAAGUGCGGAGGUUCCCUGAUAUCGGCUAGGCAUGUUUUGACCGCAGCACAUUGUGCACAUAUGGAUGGAAUAGAAAACAUACACAAUCAUAAUAUUGCCAUUCUUAGAUUGGUGGAGGAGGUGCCAUUUUCGAGGUACGUAUAUCCCAUUUGUACGAAAGAGCCCCUACGAAAGAGCAACUUCGUCGGCUAUAACCCCCUUGUUGCUGGAUGGGGAGCAUUAAGAUAUAGACGACCACGACGUAAUGCAUUAAUGGAAGUACAAAUGCCAGUGAUUAAGAACGCCGAAUGCAAAAUAGCUUAUUCCAAAUUUCCCAAUGCACCUGAUAUCACUGAUGGUAUAAUAUGCGCCGAACAUGCUCAGGGUGGAGAGGAUUCUUGUACGGCUGACCGCGGCGGACCACUGCUGAUACAACAUGAAUUAACCUCGUAUUUAAUAGGUAUUGUGUCUUAUGCUUAUAAGUGCGGCACAGCUGGGUAUCCCAGCGUUUACACUAGGGUCACAUCGUACCUUGACUUCAUUCUCCAAGCGAUGCAAUAAUAUGAUAUUACUGUUCCAUAAAUAUCAUUGUGUAAAAAACGUAAAGUUGGAUUUUCUUAUUGUGGAGAUAAGAAACAGCUCAAAUUUACAUUGUUUUGUACGUUACAAAUUAUAGGCUUAAAAUGUACGAAAUGUAACUUUGAAACGACACUAAUUUUUUACGCACGAUAAACCUCCACGACUUAGAUUAUAGAUUCCUAUACGACUCUCAGUAAAAAUUUAUCCGCACUCCAGAUAGUUAAAA